AUGUCCAACGACGCCCAGCCCACCAUGAGCACCAGCGCCGGCACCAUCCGCGGGCUGCACAUGCCGCCGCUCGACGUCGCCACCAGCGCCGCCCACUCCCCGUCGACGCCGCCGUCGCCGACCGAUUCGGUCUCCUCCUUCCCCUCUGUCUCCUCCUCGUUCUUCUUCUCCUCCGGGCCCGCGUCCCCGCCUUUGCACCCCGACACCGACCCAGACGUCACACAUACCGACGACCACGAGCACGAGGCCGAAGACAGCACCUCCGCGCUGAUCAUCCCCUCGCUCACGCUGCCCUCCGCGCUGCGCCGCCCGACGCUUUACGGCCAGGUCCUCGGCGAGCUGCGCGUGCUCGUGCUCGGGCGCCACGGCGUGCGCAAGAGCCGCGUCGCGGAGGCGCUGCUCGAGGGGAACGAGGACCUCGUCGACGUCGACGAGCCGGAGGAGGAGGAGGCGCGCGGGUGGCGCACGCGGGUGUGGCGCGCGAGCUCGGAGUGGGUCGAGCUGCGCGAUGCGCAUGGCCUCGAGCGCGUCGAGCCGAGGCGGAAUGUGGAGGUGGUGAUGUGGCCGGGGUAUGACCCCGCUGGCGACGAUCCCGAGGCGAUUACCGCGCCGAUUGUGAAGCACCUGCAGUCGAGCUUCCACGCGCUGCACGCGCUCAUCGACCCCGCCGCGCCGUCCUCCUCGACGCCCCUGCUCACCUCGCUCGUCGGCGGGCCCAACACGCCCCUAUGGACGCUCGGCGUGCUCGUCGCCGAUAAGGACGGAGCCCUGACGCCCCUUGACCGCGCGAUCCUCGCCGCCCUAUCUCCCUACAUCCCCUUGAUCGUCCUCCCCGCACCGAGCGCACCCGCCGCGUACCCCAUCCCCGCGCCCUCCUUCCACGACACCCACACGCACAUCCACGCUCCGUCCCCGGCGCCCUCCUCCUCUUCCUUACCCUCCGAAUCCCAGCGGCGCCCACCGAUCCGCCCCGCAAGCCGCAGCCGCACCGAAACCGUGACGCUUCCCACCAGGGAUAGAUGGAAAGACGCACACUCCAGUACUAGGAGCAGCAGGGAGAAGGGCCUGUCGGCCUUCCGCCCGCCGAGCGUGCUCGCGCUGCGUUCUGCCCUCUUCCGUUCGCCCGAGACGCUGGCGUUGCUGCGCGGCGAGGCGGGCGAGCGCUGGGUGCGCUGGCGCGCGUCGGUGUCCCCUUCCGCGGCGGCGUCCCCGCGCUCCAACAGGGGGAGGGGGCGCGGGCGCGGCCAGGGACAAGGGUGGGAUAAGCGGAGGUGGGAGGAGGAGCUGGCGUAUUCGCAGGCACAAACUCAGACGCAAACUUACACGGAGAAGGGGGGGGAGAGGGAGGAGGGGAGGUGCGCGGAGGCGAUGGGCCUCGGUAUGGACCCUUUGCACGUCCCGAGUCUGUUCGCGGUUGCAGUUGGGCUGUUUAGGGGUGAAGGGGGCACAGGAGGGAGCGGGGUGGGGUGGGGGUGGUUGGUUGUCGCCGCCGCUGCUGCGUUUUGUGCGGGUGUGGGCGUGGGGUGGGGGUUGUUGAGGAUGUGA